AUGACGAGCCAAGUCUGCCACAGCUGGCGGCGCUGCAUCUACUUGUGGCUUACCACUUCCUCACGCAGCCGUUACAACCGCACAGAUGACGUCGGUACCUUCCUCCAGGCGGCACGCAGAGAGCGAAACAAGGUUCAGAGCAUCAACGACCUAUUCCACACGUGUGGCAGGCAACACCACCACUGCGACACGCUGGAAGGCAUCACCCUUCAAGGGAGAGGGGAGGGGCUUGCGUGGGGCUUCAUGAUGAUCCCUGCGUGUUUUACACUGACCUUCAUUGCCUCGAUAACGCUGUAUCGUUGGGGUGACCGACUUGCAGUGCAGAAGCACACACAAGAGGAAUGGCAGCAUUGCCUGCUUGAGGCUUCGCAGAACCGGGCGGCAGCCGACGAGGAGCUUCAGUCGGUGCACCAGCGAACUGUAGAAAUGAGAGCAGCCCUCCGCCCCUUGCCGGGGGAGCAGCAGUGGAGCGCGCAGCUCGAGUCGAACAUGCUCUUCAUCAACGAAAAGCUCCAGCGCCACUCGCCCGAUGAUGAGCCGCCGCGGGGCUCCAGAUGA